AUGGAAGACCACUUUUAUUAUUCUCAACAACAACCAACUAUACAUUCCAUUCCAUUCCAACAUCCACAUGAUUUAUACGAUAAUAAUGUGACUAGCCAUGCCACAUGCGAACAAAACUCAAAUUGUUGCCAAUCCAGUAGCAAUUAUACACCUCAACAACAACAUCAACAACAAACCGACGACAGCAUCGAUGAAUACCUCUCGAAUUCCGAUGAUGACCAAAUCGAUGACAUCCAAUCUUCCAAUGAGUUGUCGGCAACUCCACCACAACGAUCCAUCGUUUGCAACUCACCGCCACCAACAUCAACAACAACUGCCUAUCAAUACCAACAACAACCACAAUCACAACUACACCAUCAAACUCAUCAAAUUCAUCAACAACAACAUCAUAUUCCAUAUAUUGUUAUUCAACCAAGUUCAAGCUCAUCGUCGUCACCCAUCCACACACCACACUCACCUCACUACAUGCAUUCGCCACACCAUCAACAACAACACCACCACCUGACUUCGCCACCGCAAGCCGUCGUCCAUCCCUAUGGUGCACCAGCCUACUAUUUGCACACGGCAAACGUCUCGACCUACACCAAUGGAAACGCCGCCUCCGAUAUUGAAAUCAGUCCAAGGUUGCCAAAUACUCCGACCACCCACUACUCGUAUGGCGCCGCCACACCUACACUGACCCAAUAUCACCUCUAUCCAUCGGCUCUAAUUCAACAACAACAACAACACCAUUUCCACCAGGUUGUCUAUCCUUCAUCACCCCUAGACUACCAAACAGCUGCUGUUGCUAAUGUCACUCCCACAACACUCGCCAACAACAGCUCACCACCAUCCACACCAUCCACUCCAUCAACACCAUGUCAUUUUCUCAACAACAAUGAACCUUCAUCGUUGGACAAUCCACCAGUAUCAUCACCACCAACAACAUCAACAUCAACCUCAACAACAACAAUCAACAACUCUGACAAGACCACCACCACCACCAACAAAACAACCAACAAAUCCAAGAAGCGUUCUCGUGCCCCUGAGAAACCUGUUGUUCCUUCCACUCCAAUUACCAUUGACAGUAAAAUACAAGAGGAAAUCAACAGCUUCUUCACCAAUUAUAAUAAUAAUGUAACACUAAACAACAAGGAGAAUUCUCCAACGUCACCCGUUUCAAUUCCACUGUUGAUCUCAAUGUCAGAGACUCAAAAGAAUCUCUACAGGGAUCUCUUAAAAAACAAUAUUCCAAAGAUCUCACACAACCAGAACGAAAAUGAAAAGAUUAGUUUCCUACAUGGCCUCUAUUUGAUGCUAAUGAAGUGUGCUAAUCACCCAUACCAAUUCGGUGGUGUUGAACCACCCAAGAACACCGCCACCGCCAACAGCAAUGACGAUCAUCUCAUUCUAUGUUCUGGUAAACUCAUGGUGCUUGACAAACUACUCGAAGCCAUGUCACAAUCGUCAUCUGCUAAACCGACCCGUUUAUUCAUUCUAUCAUCUUCACAACCAAUGUUAAAGAUAUUAGAAGAUUAUUUUAAUUUAAAGUAUCCUGGUACAAAUAAUGAUUUGGAAGAUGAAAAUAAUCAGACCCAAAUUAUUCUAUCAACUUUCCUAGAGUCAUCGAUUUACAGUCCAUUUAAGCACGAUGAUCUGGUAGUUGAGUUUGACCACUAUUGGCAAUCGGAAUCCACAGAGAAUACUGAGCUUUCAGAUUCAUCUCUUCCAUCGUGUGGAUCGGCCAAUGACCAUCGUUCCAUCUGUCCUUCUUUUGUAUUGUUGGCUGUCGAUUCCGUUGAGGAAUGGGCAUAUCAACAAUUCAAAAAUAAAUCAACUUUAUCAUCAUCGUCAUCCUCACAAUCGAAUACAGUUAUCUCUAAAAAAGAUAAUAUGAUUGAAAUGAUGAAGUUUUGUAUUGUAAAGAUGUCCGCUGCUGCCGCUGCCGCUACUAAUAGUAGUAGCAGCAGUACAUCAAAUGCCAAGGCACCAAGCACACCAGUAACAGCAACAACCACAACAGCUGUUGCCUCACCAGUUCCCUCCACUCCACCAGCCAGUGAAUUGAAUACACCCAUCUUGACAUCGCCAUCGACCUCGUCUUCUUCAUUGUCCUCAUCGAUUGGCGAUGCACCAGGUAUUCUCUCACUCUACUCACAGAUCCACAAAGACAACAACCAAGAUCUCUGGAAAACAAAUUCCAAGACCAACACACCAUUCAACUUUACAUUUGUUUCCUCGGAACACAACGUUGUCGAUCCAAAAACUGAAUUUCAAACAGACAAGAAACGUAGAAAUCCAAAAAGACAAAAGAAUCUUUGUGACAGAUCAUGUUUCCUUUGUAAGAAAGAAGAAGAUCCAAAAGGAAGAACUUCAAUCGUACAAUGCAGAUCGUGUCCAAAGAUCUAUCAUAGAUCGUGCGCAGGACUUGCCCACACCCCAAGAAGUUGGAAGUGUCCACGCCACUCCUGUCACAGCUGCAGAAAGACACCGAAUGAAUCGGGUGGAUCUUUUUUCAUUUGCAAGGAGUGUCCUUCGUCCUAUUGCAUCACCUGUCUUCCCAAUGACAUUACCAUCCUCCAAAAGCAUGAAUACAGCGAAUCCAAACACGACAAUGAAAUGCCAAUUCAAGAUUCAAACGCCGGCGAUGAAGUUGUACCAACAACAACCACCAACAAUAACAAUAACAAUAACAAUAGCAAUAGCAAUAACAAGAAACCAAAAACACCACGUCCAACUGUUUACAUUCAAUGUGGUAAAUGUACCAGAAAAAUUGCUGCCAGUAACAACAACAAUAUUGCUCUCAACUCAUCAACUUCAUCACCAUCACUCAUCAACAAACACAACACUGCAGCCAAAAUCAGUGUUUGUGAUUCAUCCAAUUCCUCACCAGAGUUGAUCAACUCGCCAAAUCAACAAAAAGAUCCAGAUACACCAUCACUCUACCUAUCAGAUCCAGAGUCUAUUUCACCAAGAUAA